AUGAAUCAACUCCAACUUCGCAACGUCUACGACGGGUAUCUGUUUUUCAGAGCCGAUCCUCUCCCACAGCAGAGUGCGACAUGGGCUCGGGUAGAGCGCACUCAAAUGGAUUUUACCCAACCUGAACUCUAUAGUAUGAUCUACGAUCGAGCUUUCGAGAUUUCCGCGGCAAGCCAGUAUCAGGCUCUGUCAGAUGAGCGGCGUGCCCAUGUAAAUCAGCUGAUUCAUGAUCGACGGCACCAAGACUCCUCUGGCGAGUGGAGUUGUGCCUAUGCUAAAGAACACAGAAGGUUUAUCAAUGACCGAGAUACUCUUGAGCGUGACGAUGACGCUGUUUCAAUGACAGUAAUACUCAUGCAAAGGCCAUGGACUCCCAAAGCCUACCCGAGAACCCCGAUGGGGGCACUAUGGGAGCGUUGCAACAGUGCCUGGUUUUCCAGCCAGGCACACGCUUCCUCACAGCUAUGCUAUGGGCAAUGUGUACCAAGAGCCCAGGCUAUCGUCGAUGCAGGAGCGAGCCAGCAUGGCCUGCCUGCGAAAAGCGCUUUCCGACCGUUAGCCCAGAAUGAUGAAUCGAUCCUCUCUGCCCGAAGGGAACUCCGUGCGGAACUCCAUGCUAAAGACCCGUGA